AUGUUUUUAUUACUUGCCAUCGUGGUUUAUCAUUGCAUUCAGAAAUUUUAUAGUUUCAUGCGCCUUAAACACAUCAGAGACAAAUUAUUUAGGCUUUCUGUUGUAACUUCAGUUCAAUUUUUCAAACUGCUGGAAUUCGCAGAUUUAUUGCUUAUGUUUUGUUAUGUUAUUCAUGCUUGGUAUGCUUUAAAUGACAAAACAGAGUAA